GCAGCUUUUCAUUGACCAAGGAAAGACUCCAGACUGCAGAACAUCGGCUGAUCCACACGCUCCUGAGCGAAGCUAACCAACGGAACGACUUUAGGAAGAGAGCACCAGGAGUAACGAAAUGCCGGUGACAGAGAAAGAUUUGGCAGACGACGCGCCAUGGAAGAAAAUCCAGCAGAAUACCUUUACGCGCUGGUGCAACGAGCACCUGAAGUGCGUGAACAAGCGAAUAGGUGACCUGCAGUUGGACCUGAGCGAUGGCUUGAGGCUUAUCGCCUUGCUGGAGGUCCUUAGCCAGAAGCAGAUGUACAGAAAGUAUCACCAGAGACCCACCUUCAGGCAGAUGAAGCUGGAGAACGUAUCGGUGGCGCUCGAAUUUUUGGACCGAGAAAAUAUCCGGCUGGUGUCCAUAGACAGCAAAGCCAUCGUGGAUGGGAACCUGAAGCUGAUCCUGGGCAUGGUGUGGACCCUGAUCCUGCACUACUCCAUCUCCAUGCCCGUGUGGGAGGAUGAGGACGACGACGAGGGCAAGAAGCAGACGCCCAAGCAGAGGCUGCUGGGAUGGAUCCAGAACAAGGUGCCGGACCUCCCCAUCAACAACUUCAGCCAGGACUGGAGGAGCGGAAAGGCGCUGGGCGCUCUGGUGGACAGCUGCGCCCCAGGCCUGUGUCCUGACUGGGAGACCUGGGACACGGUGAAGCCGGUGGAAAACGCCAGUGAGGCCAUGCAGCUGGCUGAUGAUUGGCUGGGAAUCCCUCAGGUCAUUGCCCCAGAGGAGAUCAUUGACCCCAGCGUGGACGAGCAGUCUGUGAUGACGUACCUUUCACAGUUCCCCAAAGCCAAGCUGAAGCCCGGGGCACCCCUCAAACCAAAACUGAACCCUAAGAAAGCCAGAGCAUACGGUCCAGGAAUUGAGCCGGUGGGGAACCGGGUCCUCCGGCCAGCGGUCUUCACCGUGGACACCUUCAGCGCCGGCCAGGGGCAGGUGACCGUGUACGUGGAGGACCCCGAGGGCACCAGGGAAGAGGUGAAAGCUGUUCCUAAUGAGGGCAAGAAAACCUACAGUGUGACCUAUGUACCCAAAGUAAUGGGCCCUCACAAGGUGACGGUGCUGUUUGCAGGACAGCAGAUCCCUAAGAGUCCUUUUGAGGUGAAUGUGGACAAAGCACAAGGAGAUGCCACCAAGGUCACUGCCAAGGGGCCUGGGCUGGAGCCUUUGGGCAACGUUGCCAACAAACCUACCUACUUUGACAUUUACACAGCAGGCGCUGGUGUGGGUGACGUGACGGCAGUGAUCAAGGACCCCCAAGGCAGCAACGACACCGUGGAGGUCAUGAUGGAGGACAAGGGGGACAGCAUGUUCCGCUGCACCUACAAACCCGUCCAGGCUGGGCCUCACACCGUCACCAUCACCUUUGGGGGCAUCGGUAUCCCAAAAAGCCCCUAUGCUGUUACCAUUGCCCCAGCCUCCAACCCCAACGGCUGCCGAGCCAGCGGCCGAGGACUGCAGCCCCGGGGCGUGAGGGUCCGGCAGGUGGCCGACUUCAAGGUGGACACCCGUAAUGCUGGGACCGGGGACCUGAAGGUGGCCGUCAAGGGACCCAAGGGCCUGGAGGAGCCCGUCAAACAGAAGGACAGCCUGGACGGGGUUUACGCCUACGAAUAUUACCCCCACGCGCCGGGCAAGUACACAGUGGCCAUCACCUGGGGCGGCCAGCAUAUUCCCAAGAGUCCGUUUGAAGUCCAGGUUGGCGCAGAGGCGGGACCUCAGAAGAUCCGAGCCUUUGGACCAGGCCUGGAAGGUGGCAUGGUGGGGAAGUCUGCCGAUUUUGUGGUGGAAUCUGUGGGCACGGAUGUCGGGGUGCUGGGCUUUGCGAUCGAGGGCCCCUCUCAGGCGAAGAUCGAGUGUGAGGACCAGAACGACGGCUCGUGCAACGUGAAGUACUGGCCCACCGAGGCGGGCGAGUACGCCGUCCACGUCAUGUGCGACGACGAGGACAUCGAGGACAGCCCCUUCAUGGCCCACAUCACCCCUGACAACAGCGCCUGCAGCCCGAGCAAGGUGAAAGCUUACGGCCCUGGUCUGGAGAAGACGGGCUGCAUUAUUAACAAGCCUGCAGAGUUCACCGUGGAUGCUACAGACGCUGGGAAGGCGCCCGUGAAGAUCUUCGCUCAGACUGCUGAGGGAGACACCGUAGAUGUGAAGGUGAAGAACAAAGGGGACGGGACCUACGCCUGCUCCUACACCCCCACCACUCCGGUCAAACACACCGUGGCUGUGGCCUGGGGAGGCGUCAACGUGCCCAACAGCCCCUUUAGGGUGAACAUUGGGAAGGGGAGUCAUCCACACAAGGUGAAGGUGUUUGGCCCAGGCGUGGAGAGGACGGGGCUCAAAGCCAACGAGCCCACACACUUCACUGUGGACUGCACCGAAGCUGGGGAAGGGGAUGUCAGCGUGGGGAUCAAAUGCGAUGCCAACGUUAUCAGCGACAAAGAGGAGGACAUCGACUUUGACAUCAUUCCUAAUGCCAAUGACACCAUCACCGUGAAGUACACCCCUCCUGGUGCGGGACGCUUCACCAUCAAGGUGCUGUUCGCAGGACAGGAGAUCCCCAUCAGUCCUUUCCGUGUGAAGGUUGAGCCCUCUCACGACGCCUCCAGGGUGAAAGCCGAGGGGCCUGGGCUGGCUCGCGCAGGAGUGGAGAACGGGAAGCCCACGCAUUUCACGGUUUUCACCAAAGGUGCCGGCAAAGCCCCUGUGGACGUGCAGUUCAGCGGAGCUGGCAAGGGAGAGCCCGUCCGAGACUUUGAGAUCAUCGACAACUACGACUACUCCCACACUGUCAAGUACACCCCGGUCCAGCAGGGUGAAAUGGCAGUCGCGGUGACCUAUGGGGGUGACCCAAUUCCCAAAAGCCCCUAUUCUGUGGGAGUGGCUGCUCCUCUGGAUCUCAGCAAGAUUAAAGUUGGCGGCUUGGAGAGCAGAGUGGAGGUGGGUCAGGACCAGAAGUUCACUGUGGACACAAAGGGGGCGGGGGGACAAGGAAAGCUGGAAGUGAGGGUCACUAGCCCCUCCCAAAAGGCGGUGCCCUGCACAGUGGAGCCUCAGUCAAAGAAGGACUGCAGUCUGGUCAAGUACAUCCCCAAAGAGGAGGGCUUCUACUCUGUGGACGUCAGCUACGACGGUAGCCCUGUCCCCGGCAGCCCCUUCCCCGUGGAGGCCUCAUUGCCCCCAGACCCCAGCAAGGUGAAGGCCUAUGGGCCAGGACUGAAGGGGGGGCUGGUGGGAGACCCGGCGAAGUUCACCAUCGACACCAAGGGCGCGGGCAUGGGCGGGCUGGGCCUGACGGUGGAGGGCCCCACCGAGGCUAAGAUCGAGUGCUCGGACAACGGCGACGGCACCUGCUCCGUGUCCUACCUGCCCACCGAGCCCGGGGAGUACCUGGUCAACAUCCUCUUCGAGGACGUGCACGUGCCCGGCUCGCCCUUCCACGCCGACAUCCAGAUGCCGUUCGACCCCUCCAAGGUGGUGGCGUCGGGCCCGGGGCUCCAGCGGGGCAAGGUGGACGAGACGGGGGUGGUGAACGUGGACUGCUCCAAGGCCGGCCCGGGACUGCUGGCCAUGGAGGCCGUGUCCGAUUCGGGUUCCAAAGCCAAGACCAAGGUGCAGGACAACAAGGACGGCACCUACACGGUCACCUACGUGCCCCUGACCGCGGGCAUGUACACUCUCAUGCUGAAGUACGGAGGCAAGACGGUGCCCGGGUUCCCCGCCAGCGUGGGCGUGGACCCCGCCGUCGACACCAGCAAGGUGAAGGUGUACGGGCCGGGUGUGGAAGGAGCGGGAGUAUUCCGGGAAGCCACCACUGGCUUCACUGUGGAUGCCCGCCCUCUGACCAAAGUUGGCGGCAGCCACAUAAAGGCUCAGGUCAAGAACCCGUCAGGCAGCAGCACUGACUGCGUGAUUGUGGACAAGGCUGAUGGGACUUACAGUGUGGAGUACACACCCUUUGAGAACGGGGUCCACAGUGUGGAGGUUCUGUAUGAUGAGACCCCCGUCCCGAAGAGCCCCUUCCAGGUGGGUGUGACUGAGGGGUGUGACCCGACUCGAGUGCUGGCCCAGGGCCCUGGGCUCAAGGAGGCUCUGACGGAGCAGCCCAACAACUUCUCCAUCAUCACCAGAGGAGCCGGCAUCGGUGGAUUGGGAAUCACUGUGGAGGGUCCGUCUGAGUCAAAGAUGUCCUGCAAAGACAACAAGGAUGGCAGCUGCCAUGUGGAAUACAUUCCCUAUGUGCCAGGACUGUAUGACAUCAACAUCACGUAUGGAGGGAAACACAUUCCAGGUAGCCCCUUCAAGGUGCCUGUGAAGGACGUGGUGGACCCCAGCAAGGUGAAGAUUUCCGGACCUGGGGUGAGCUCAGGGGUCCGUGCCAAAAUCCCACAGUCGUUCACCGUGGACUGCAGCAAGGCAGGCGUGGCACCUCUCUCAGUGGCUGUGACCGCACCCAAAGCGGAUGAGAUGGCCUCCCAGCCCUGGCGUGGUCACUUGAAAGCCUUUACGGAUCUCUUUAAGAACGAGCCCAAGAACAGGAACUCUGGGACAGGUGUGGCUGAGCCUGUGGAGGUGACAGACAAUGGAGAUGGGACACACACCGUGGCUUACACCCCCUCUGUUGAAGGGCCUUACACUGUGGCCGUCAAAUACGCCGAGCAAGAUGUACCUCGCAGUCCCUUUAAGUUCCGGGUGCUGCCCACCCAUGACGCCAGUAAAGUCCGUGCCAGCGGGCCUGGUCUGACCACCGGCCUUCCCGCCAGUCUGCCGGUGGAGUUCACCAUCGAUGCCAAGGACGCGGGAGAGGGCCAGCUGUCGGUGCAGAUCACUGACCAGGAUGGCAAGCCGAAGAAGGCCAGUAUCCACGACAACCAUGACGGCACCUACAGGGUGUCCUACGUGCCAGACAAGGUGGGCCGCUACACCAUCGUCAUCAAGUACGGCGGUGACGAGAUCCCCACCUCUCCCUACCGAGUCCGCGCUACCAGUUCUGGGGAUGCCAGCAAGUGCACUGUGGCAGGUCCAGGUCUUGGCCCCACCAUUGGUAUCGAUGAGGAGGUGGGCUUCGUUGUGAACGCACAGGGAGCAGGGAAGGGGAAGGUGUCCUGUCUGGUGGUCACGCCAGAUGGGACAGAGGUGGAGGCCGAGGUCAUGGAGAACGAAGACGGGACCUUUGACAUCUUCUACACGGCUCCCCAGCCUGGGACCUACGUCAUCUACGUGCGCUUCGGUGGGGAGAACGUUCCCAAGAGUCCCUUCAAAGUCACGGCCACUGACGAGGUCCCCCUGGUUCAGCAGUCAGUCCAGCAGCAGCAGCAGCAGGCAGCUCCUGGAGCCUACCCCCCUGGCUUCCAGCCCUGGGUGACCGAUGGUUCAUACAUUCCUGUCAACAGCAUGAACGGGACAGGGUUCAGACCCUUCGACAUGGUCAUCCCCUUUGCCCUCAGGAAGGGUGAGAUCACAGGUGAGGUGCACAUGCCGUCGGGGAAGACGGCCCAGCCUGAGAUCAUUGACAACCACGACGGGACGGUGACGGUGAAGUACGCCCCCACCGAGGCCGGACUCCACGAGAUGCAUAUCAAGUACAACGGCAGGCACAUUCCAGAGAGCCCGCUGCAGUUCUACGUGAACAAUGCCAGCAGCCCCAACGUCACCGCCUACGGGCCGGGGCUGGUGUACGGCACCGCCAACAAGACUGCCACCUUCACCAUCUUCACCGAGGAUGCCACUGAGGGUGGCCUGGACCUGGCCAUCGAGGGUCCCUCCAAGGCUGAGAUAAGCUGUGUGGACAACAAGGACGGUACCUGCACCGUUACUUACCUGCCCACUCUGCCCGGGGACUACAACAUCCUGGUGCGCUACAACGAAAAGCACAUCGCUGGCAGCCCCUUCACUGCCAAAAUCACGGAAGACAACAGGAGGAAGUCUCAGGUGAAGCUGGGUUCUGCCGCUGACUUCUCUCUGGAUAUCAAUGAGACGGACCUCAGCCUGCUCACUGCCAGCAUCAAGUCCCCCUCUGGUCGUGAUGAGCCCUGCCUGCUGAAGAGGCAACCCAACAACCACAUCGGCAUUUCCUUCAUUCCCAGAGAGGUCGGCGAGCACCUGGUCAGCAUCAAGAAGAACGGCCAGCACGUGCCCAACAGCCCCAUCUCCAUCAUGGUGGUCCAGUCUGAGAUCGGAGACUCCAGCAAGGUGAAGGCCUUUGGGCAGGGCCUGGUGGAUGGCCACACCUUCGAGAUGUCUGAAUUUGUGGUGGACACACGGGAAGCCGGCUAUGGUGGCUUGGCCCUGUCCAUCGAGGGUCCCAGUAAGGUGGACAUUCAGACUGACGACCUGGAGGACGGGACCUGCGGCGUCUGCUACUGCCCCUCCGAGCCUGGCACCUAUAUGGUCUCCAUCAGGUUUGCAGAGGAGCAUGUGCCAGGGAGCCCCUUCUCCGUGAAGGUGACAGGCGAGGGGCGCAUCCGUGAGAGCAUCACUCGCCGACAGAGGGCGGCGUCCGUCGCCACCGUGGGGAGCGAAUGUGACCUCAAUCUCAAGAUCCCAGAAAUCGACAUCCAUGACCUGUCGGCGCAGGUGACCAGCCCCUCCGGGACCUCGGAGCCAGCGGAGCUGGUGGCUGCUGGGAACAGCACGUAUUGCGUCCGCUUCGUGCCCCACGAGAUGGGCGUGCACACGGUCGACGUCAAAUACCGGGGCCAGCACGUGCCUGGGAGCCCCUUCCAGUUCACCGUGGGGCCCCUGGGAGAGGGAGGGCCCCACAAGGUGCGGGCCGGGGGUCCGGGAUUGGAAAAGGCUGAAGCAGGAGUGCCAGCGGAGUUCAACGUCUGGACCCGGGAGGCGGGGGCCGGAGGGCUGUCCAUCGCUGUGGAGGGACCCAGCCGGGCAGAGAUCUCCUUUGAGGACAGGAAGGAUGGGUCCUGCGGGGUCUCUUACGUUGCCCAGGAGCCCGGUGACUACGAGGUGGCCAUCAAGUUCAAUGAUCAGCACAUCCCCGAAAGUCCAUUCCUGGUGCCUGUGUGCGCCCCCACAGACGACGCCCGCAGACUCACUGUUACCAGUCUUCAGGAGUCAGGGCUGAAGGUGAACCACCCGGUGUCCUUCGCUGUGCGCCUGAACGGGGCGCAGGGCAACAUCGACGCCAAAGUGCGCAGCCCGUCUGGAGCGCUGGAGGACUGCGUGGUGUCUGAGCUGGAGCAAGACAAGUAUGCCGUCCGCUUCAUCCCCCGGGAGAACGGUCUCCACUUCAUCGAUGUGAAGUUCAACGGCAGCCACAUCCCUGGCAGCCCGUUCCAGGUGCGAGUGGGAGAGCCGGGACAGACCGGGGAGGCCAGCCUGAUCACUGCCUACGGAGCAGGACUGGAGAGGGGAACGACAGGUAACCAGGCGGAGUUUACCAUCAACAACACCAAAGCCGGUCCUGGUUCCCUGGCUGUCACCAUCGAGGGGCCUUCCAAGGUUAAGAUGGAGUGUCAAGAGUGUCCAGAGGGGUACAAGGUGCAGUACACCCCCAUGGCCCCAGGCAACUACCUGAUCAGCGUCAAGUAUGGAGGACCUAACCACAUCACGGGCAGCCCCUUCAAAGCCAAAGUCACAGGUCCCAGGCUUGUGAACGUGAGCAACGCCAGCGAGACGUCCACUUUGAUGGUUGAUUCGGUGACCAAGUCCCCAGCCGCCAGCACCUACAGCUCGCUGCCCGGGUUCUCCUCCGAUGCCACCAAGGUGGCCUGCAAAGGCCCUGGGCUGAGCAAGGCCUACGUGGGCCAGAAAGCCAGCUUCUCUGUGGACUGCAGCAAAGCUGGCAAGAACAUGCUGCUAGUGGGUGUACAGGGACCCAACAUUCCUUGUGAAGAGGUGUCUGUCAAACACAUGGGCAGCAAGCAGUACAACAUCAACUACAUUGUCAAAGAGAGGGGCAGCUACAUUCUAGCAGUGAAGUGGGGGGAUGAGCACAUUCCAGGGUCUCCCUUCAACGUCACUGUCCCCUAGAGGGCGCCACUGAGCCCUGUGAGAGACACUGGAGGAACAGAUGGAUGGGAGAGGGAAGUGGUAAUACACAUAGAACACUUCACUUUGCCCAAUUCAGUUAAGCCCAACGUUAAUUGAAAAAUUUGCACUUGACAAUUUAUGCAUGCAAAUUUAAGUCAUGUCAAUUGGUCCAUUUUCUUUACUGGGGCUGGGGGGAGGGGGAGAAAGAAAUGUAUGCACAAUAUUGUAAAAAAGGCUCCUCCUGUUUUUUUGUUAGUUUUUUUUUUUUUUGCUGUUUGUCAAGUAUUAACAGAUUUUAACAUUUAAGGGUCUACUUUGGCCCUGAGUAUAUAAGAAAACAGCACACCCUUUUUAAAACAAAAACUAAAUUAAUAAUCCUGUAGACACUAACUGUAAUUUAACUGGAACAGUAACUCUUGUUGAAAAUUAUCUAACUACUGAUGAAUGUCCUCUUUGUAUGUAUCCUGGCCAAUCCUGUCCAAAUCAUACACACUGCACACAAGUCUUAGAUGCAAUGACAACUUAUUGAGAUUGCACCACCUGACACUGCGUGAACUCCACUGUGAAGUGGACGGCGAUGUUUACAUGUUUGUAAUGUACUGAGGUAAAACAAAGAGGCUGCCUGGUUAAUGUCAAAAGCAGUGGGGAGCGGGGGCGGGGUGGGGUGGUGGUUGGGGAGUAAGUGCUGAUGGUGCAACUGCCUGUGUGUAACCUCCUGGGCUGCAGGUCAGGUGUGUUGGAACAGGAAGGAAUGGUAUUCUGUGCUCAUGCAGCUUUGGAUGUCCCCACUGUGGAAGAGCACUGUUCUUUAACAAGGCACACCGAACAGGCGCAUUCAUUUUUCUCCACCAUACCACCUAUACUUCAAUGUGUUUUAUGCAACAGGGUGGAACAGGAUGACUGACAUGGGCCAAAAUAAUUUAUUCUCGUAUUGUUGCUUAAAGUUCUUCUUAAAAUAGUGUAAACAUGGUAGUUAGUCUGAGUUUAUGGAGUGACCAAGGUGAACAAGUGAACCAUUGUCCAGAGUGUGGUAUUAUGUGCCUCAAGCCUACAUGCCUAUAGAGCUCGUCUCAGAAAUCCUGUCAAUAUGGAUCUCACACACACACACACACACACACACACACACACACACACACAGUAUAAUCCUGUCUGUAUGCAUUAUAUACACACACACAUACACACAAACUCGCAUGUUAUGUGAGUGAAGACUUCUUUUUUUUAAUGUUUUGAUCUUGCUCUCAUAAUUACAGAAUGAUGCGUUUACUUCCGAGCCCACGACCCAUAAUCCCUGGAUAAGAGGAGGCAGCUUUGUGAUUGGCUGGCUAUUGCAUUCCUUCUCUUCAUCUCAGUCUUUGUAUUCUAAGAGGUGCACUGCUUACCAAAAAAGAAAAAGAAAAACACAUAACUUACGGAUCCAUUCUUUGAGGGACUGCGGGAAAUUGCCAUCCAAAUAAUUUUAAGUGCUUCUCUUAUCUAUCAAUAGCUUUUUGGAAAAAUAGAAUGUGUAUGUUUUUUCUUCUUUGGGUAUGAUGCCUGUUUAUUCAAUUACUUAAUGAUGCUAGUUUUGAUAAACAAUGGAGUAUUUUGUAAAAGAUUGUUUUAAAAGGAAGAAAAUAAGCAAAGCUUAUUUGCAUUUUGUAUUAGCCAGGGGUGCCUUAAUGUGAAAUAAAUCCCUAGAAAUGAUGUACAUUUUGAAAUUAAAGCAAUAAACUGGAAUAAAGAUGUAAAA